ACAAACUUUCAUUUCCCUCGUGAAACUUUUAUUUAUACCUGAAGCUUUUACUGAGGAAAGAGGAACCGACAGCAGCACAGACAGAAGGACGCAGCUGUCCGAGCGUUGGUGCCUCUGACGCUUUGAACUCCGACACAAGAACAUGUGUCUACAGGCGAUCGAUUGGUCUGGAUGAAGCUGCAGUGGUCUGACUGUUAAUCGAGUGUGGUGCUGCUUUUGGUCACCAGAUGGAGGCAACUGAUGGAGAAGAUCUAAUCAGAGACGCUGAUCCGCUCAUAGUGCCUCCUAAUGGCGGCAUGAACGAACUGCUGAAUGUGGGGCAAGAAGACAACAUGCAGGGUCAGAUGGAUGAAUUUUUGGGCCCACAGGCCGAGUACAACGAGGAGGAGGAGGAGAGGAAAUACUACAGGAGGAAGAGGCUGGGAGUCAUCAAGAAUGUCCUCGCAGCCAGUUUUGGAGCCAUGAUCGUGUACAGUGUGUACAUGGGCCUAUUACAGAUGCAGCUGAUCCUCCAUUAUGACAUGACCUACCGUGAGGUCAAAUACAGCAACCUCGGUCUGCAGGACAUCGACCGGAAGAUGCUGAUGGGCAUCAACGUCACACCGAUCAUCGGCCUCCUGUACACACCUGUACUCAUCAGGUUUCUAGGUACGAAGUGGAUGAUGUUUCUGGCUUCAGGAAUCUAUGCCCUCUUUGUCUCAACCAAUUACUGGGAGCGUUACUACACCCUGGUUCCGUCAGCCGUGGCUAUCGGCGUCGCCAUUGUUCCGCUUUGGGCCUCUUUGGGAAACUACAUCACAAGGAUGGCGCAGCAGUACUAUGAAUACGCCAACUACAAGGAAGAGCAUGUUCAGGAGCAGAAGAAGCUUCCAAAGGGAGCGUGUCACAGCUACAUCAUCGUCUUCCAGUCGGUCUUCAACAUCAUCUUCAGUCUGAGUUUCAUCUUCGCUGAGCUGCCCAUGCGUCUCGUCCUCAACGGCUACCUGCGAGAUAGCAUCCACAUUCUCCAUAACGUCAAAAAAUGCGGAGCUGAAAUCAGUGGUGUGAUUCCCGGCUUCAACACCACCGUGCUGACCAACCUGCCACGCUCCAUGCUGCUCAUCCAGGUGGAGAGCGUCCUCAUGGGCUUCGCCUUCCUCGCAAUGAUCAUAUUCCUUGUGCUGUGUGGCCCCGCCUACCGUCCGACGGAGGAGAUCGACCUCCGCAGCAUCGGCUGGGGAAACAUCUUCCAGCUGCCUUUCAAACACCUGAGGGACUACCGGCUGCGACUGCUCUGCCCCUUCUUCGUCUACAGCGGCUUUGAAGUGCUGUUUGCCAUCAAGGGGUUCUCUCUGUCCUACGGCGUCUGCGGUUUGGGUUUGGAUAAACUGUGGCUUCUCAUAGUCGUCUAUGGCCUCUCCUGUUCUGUGUUUUCCACCCUCUCCCUUUGCCUCCUGCGCCUCCCUCGCUGGGUGUGUCUGGUAGGGGGCGCCGCUGUGCACGUGGCCCUCCUGGUGGCUCUGAUGGUGUUUUCUCCAGAACCCAAGAACGCGAGUUACGGUCCUCUGCUUGUGAUCUCGGUGCUGUGGGGACUCGGCACCGCUCUGAACAAGACCGGUGUCAGCACUCUGCUCGGCAUACUGUACGCUGAGGAAAAAGAACGUCUGGACUUUGUGUACACCAUCUACCACUGGUUCCAGGCCAUCGCCAUCUUUAUCGUCUACCUCUGGUCCAACCUGCCCAUGAGGGCCAAACUGUCCAUCCUGCUGGCCACCGUGCUGCUGGCCUGCUACUGCUACUGGGUGAUGGAGCGCCGCCUGGCCGGGAAAGUGCCUUACAGACUGCCACGCAUCCCUCGGCCACGACAUAAGGUCAAAGGCUACCGCUACCUGGAAGAGGACAACUCAGAUGAGUCAGAAUCGGAGAAGAGUGAGGAGGAUGACGAAGAGGACGAGGAGGAAAAUGAAGAUGGUGUUGUGGAGGAGAUGGGGGCAGAGGGCAGGGAGGACGGGGGGCAAGAUGGUGGGGCUGAGUCACCCAGAGCCAGGAGGAGGGGAGUCGAGGGUCACUGGCAAAGACGGGAGGGAAACCAUGUGAGGGAGGGCGAGAGGGAGGAACGUAAGGGAGGCUGAUGGAGGAGAAAGUAGGAAAGAUGGUGGACAGAAGUCAGAUACAGGAGAGGACGACGAUUAGAGAUGCACUGGAUUCUUCUGUAUUCAUGACCCCAUUCAUAUUUUUACAACUAAUGCAGUUCUUAUGUGCUACUCUGAACAAAACAAACGUGGUAUGAGCUUAAAUCAGAAAACUACUAUUUACUAUUCAACUGUUCAGCUGAAAGAAAAUGUCCAGCAACUGCAAACAGUCCGGCGAUGAUAAAAAGUAUUCCCCUCCCGUGGAAGUUUUUCCUCAUUAUAUUGCCUUUUAACAUUCAAUCCCAAACAAAAUAAUUUAGCUUUUUUGACAAGAAUUUCCCCCCAAAAAAGACUCUUUCAUCUCCAGCUGAAAACAGAUUUCGUCAAAGUAAUGUAAAUUAAGUAAAAAAAUAAAAAUGAAAAAAAAAGUGAGACUCUGAAGUCAACUGGAAGAAGCUUAUUUCAUCUGUUGAGACCAAAAUUGAGCUUUUUGGUCAUCAGAUGAGACAUUAGGCAUGGCGAAUACCUAACACUGCACAUCAUCACAAACACGCCAUCCCCACUGUGAAGCAUGGUGGCGGCAGCAUCAUAAUGUAAAACUGCAGUGUCCAGACCUGUGUACACAGGCUCAAUGCUGAAAUUUAUUCUACUAUAUACUAAUUUGAAGGCAGGGGAUAGCUAUGCAACAACAACAAUAUCUAAACUUAAUAUCUAAACUUAAAACAUCUAAACUUAAUGCCUCGGACAAAACAAGUCUAUAACGUUCUUCAUUUUUCUUUCACUGCACAGUUUGUAGCUUAUAUUUAACGUACUGAAAGGAGGGACAUCUUAGGAGUUGAUUUUCUAAGUUGAAGCACAAGAUGAAAUGUGUGUUUGUAUGUGUUUGUAUGAUUUUUUGGCCAUUUUUACACCUUAUUUCAAUAGAUGUGUGUGGUGCAGAAAUUUUCAGAGAACCUGCAUGAUCCAACUGGAUUUGGAUUUUCUAGUUUCUAGUUAAAACUUUUUUAACGUCAUCCUUAACUUUUAUAUGCACAUUUUUCAGACAAAAGAAGGUAACUCAACAGAUUAUCAGAAGCCAUAGUAUCUUAAGCUGAGUAGAAUGUGCUUUUUGCAGAAAAUGAAUGUAUAUUUUUGUUCAGUGCGCAGCAAGUACAUAAGUUCAGUCGUGUAUGACUGAUGUGACCUGACUGGCCUCAAGGGGUAUUAUGAUUUGUGAUAUGAAGUUUUGUCUAAGAUGUUUUGAAUAAAUUAAUAUUUAACUCGGCAAUUAACAAGUCUAUAGCCCUGCAGCGGGCCUUCUUAGGAUCAAUAAUUUGAGCUAAAUGCUAACUUUACCAUUCUAACAGAACAUUACAAUGCUAGCUUUUGCUAAUUAGCAAUACGAAGUUUAUAUGAGGUUGGUGGAAAUUGCCAUAAGCCAAAGUACUGUACAGCCAAAGUUAUUAAAAUUCCUUCUGAUGGAGGCAUUGAUGUGCAGAAUACAUUUCAUUGCAAUUCACCCAGUAGUUAUAGAGAUAUUUCACUAAAAACCUCAAAUGUCAUCCUAAUGAUGGUGCUAGUGGGAAGGUCAGAGGGUCACAAAAAUCAGAAGGAUCUGCUAGUGUGGAAAAAAAAAAAGAAAAACAACAUAUCACAGUUUAUGUAAUAUGAAACUACACACCUGCCUUAAAAGAUCACAAAAGUAUUAGUCUGUGCUGAAUGCCUUUAUGUGUUUGACAUGUCAAAACAGGAAAAGUGCAGGCUUAUGUGAUAACAUUAAUUAGCAGCUUCAGUUUCAAUGUCCUGGCUUUGUACAGCAUGUUCUGGUUCACUGUCAUGCUGUCAGGACUCGCUGGGACGCUUAAGUUAAGCAGAUUCAUUGUUAUUGUUAUUAGUAACAUAUAUGCUUUUCCUCCUGUGACAGGUCAGAAUUUCUCCUGUGAAAAAGAGCCUGUUAGUCGUGACAGGUUGGUAAUUUUGAGAUCCAACUUUGGGGAGGUCUUGCUUUUGUGCACGCUGGCUAAUUGUAAGGUGACAUUAAUUCCACCUGUGCUUUCCUGGCAAAAUGUCUGCUGAAAGAUAAAAGUAUUGGGGAUGGAGUUUUGGUUUACUUUUUGGGUUUAGUUGAACCUACAUAGCACAGUUUUCUGUGAUCACUAUACUGCACAUGGUUGUCUUAAUUUGCUGGCAUGAAUAGUUUUUUUGGUUUCUGAAGUUUCGUCAUGAUCACUUGAAAAUAAAUCUAUUUACUAAGCUUC